AUAGCGACCUUUCGUGUCCUUAAAACAUCAGUUUCUUAUAAGCUGCGGUUGUGUUAAUUUCGUGUGUUCGGUCUUCUGCUCUGCUUAUUGACUUCAGUCUCAUUAAAUUUGAGUUUGCUCUCAACAAUUGUGAAAAGCCUGCCAAAAUGGUCUGGGUUACCAUCCACGAUAAGAUGGCUGGAAAGCCGAAUACCGCAGCUUUGUACGCUCAAAGCCAGCUAGAUCAUAUGUGUGCCCUGGACAUCGACAGCGAUGCAUCGUUCGUUCGUCUUUCGGGAAUCAUUUGUACGAUUGGACCUGCUUCGAGAUCCGUCGAAACGCUCGAGAAGAUGAUCGAAACCGGCAUGAACAUUGCUCGAUUAAACUUCUCCCAUGGAUCGCACGAAUACCACGCUGAGACCAUUAGCAAUGUGCGACAAGCGCAGAAGAAUCUUUCUAGCCGUACUAGUAUCAAUGUUCCUGUAGCAAUUGCUUUGGACACUAAAGGUCCUGAAAUUCGUACUGGACUUUUGGAAGGCGGUGGAUCUGCCGAAGUCGAGUUAGUUAAGGAUCAAACUUUCAAACUGUCUACUGAUAAGGCGUACUUGGAGAAAGGCAAUGCAAAUAUUGUUUACGUAGAUUACGUAAAUAUUUCCAAGGUUCUGAAACCUGGAAGUCGCGUCUUCGUCGAUGAUGGCUUGAUUUCCCUUAUAGUUACCUCAAUUAAUCCUGAUGUAAUUGUAACCACUGUUGAAAAUGGUGGCAUGUUAGGUUCUCGUAAAGGUGUCAAUCUACCUGGUGCACCAGUAGAUUUGCCAGCUGUUUCUGAAAAAGAUAAAUCUGAUUUACAAUUUGGUGUUGAGCAAGAAGUUGAUAUGAUCUUUGCUUCAUUUAUAAGAGACGCCAAAGCUUUAGCUGAAAUUCGUGCCAUCCUUGGUGAAAAGGGAAAGAACAUUAAAAUAAUAUCCAAAAUUGAAAAUCAGCAAGGCAUGACCAAUCUCGAUGAAAUUAUCGAGGCUUCUGAUGGUAUUAUGGUAGCACGUGGUGAUCUUGGUAUUGAAAUACCACCCGAGAAAGUAUUCUUGGCGCAGAAGUCUAUGAUCAGUAGAUGUAAUAAAGUUGGCAAGCCGGUAAUUUGUGCUACGCAAAUGCUUGAAUCUAUGGUGAAAAAACCACGUGCAACUAGAGCUGAGACAUCGGAUGUAGCUAAUGCUAUACUUGAUGGAGCAGAUUGUGUCAUGUUGUCAGGUGAAACUGCCAAAGGAGAUUAUCCACUGGAAUGUGUUCGCACAAUGGCCAAUAUCUGUAAAGAAGCAGAGGCUGUUAUUUGGCAGAGACAGAUUUUCCAUGAUCUUUCAAGCAAAGCGUUACCUCCAAUUGAUGCUACCCAUGCAAUUGGAAUCGCUGCUGUAGAAGCGUCUGUGAAAUGUUUAGCUAGUGCUAUUAUAGUAGUUACAACUACUGGUCGAUCUGCACAUUUAAUCGCAAAAUACAGACCACGUUGUCCAAUUAUUGCAGUAACUAGAUUCCAUCAAGUUGCACGACAAGCACAUCUAUAUCGUGGCAUCUUACCACUUUAUUAUGAAGAUAACCCAUUAACUGAUUGGGUAAAGGACGUUGAUGUUCGCGUUCAAUUUGGCUUAAAAUUCGGCAAAAGUCGUGGUUUUGUAAAAGCUGGAGAUUCAGUUGUAGUAGUCACUGGAUGGCGACAAGGCUCAGGAUUUACGAAUACACUUCGUAUCGUGACGGUUGAAUAAAAAUUCACUGGUUGAAUUGUAAAGGGCAGAAGAUAUUAAAUGAUAAUAGAUUAUGGAAAUUUAAUAUGUAUGUAACUUAUACUGUAUGAUGAUGUAUGAUAAAUUUAGUAAAAUCAUUGAAUGGAUAAUAAUUUAAAGAAGCCAGUAGCUGCAGUAUUAUUGUCACUACAUGU